GAAGCACGCAUCCAGGAAGCCAUCACUGCACUUCGUGAAAAGAAAUACACCAAUGUUGCGAUGGCCUGCCGUGAACUUGGUCUCACUGACUUUUACCACACUGUCAACUGGUGUUUUCUUGGCAAGACUAAACCCUGCGUGAAAGCUCACAUGCAACAACAGCUCCUCAACCACACUCAGGAAAACAUGCUUCGCAACUGGAUCAAGUGGCUCGGAGCUACUGGAAUACCACUGUCAAAACGUACCAUUGCUCCUAAGAUUGAAUCACUGUGUGGAUGCAAGCCAUCAUGA